AUGCCACGACCAAGCGAUGUGCCAUGCUCGAGAAAUUAUGAUUGUGAAUGCUAUUCAAUGGCGAUGGGAGGAACCAUAUGUGCAAAUUCACUGAUUUCAUGUUUGGAUCUAACAUCAUGCAAUCCGGAUGGUGUCACAUGUUCUCAACCGAAUACAAUCUGUGUAGCAAAUACUCGAUGUCAUCGACGAGUUUGUUAUCCGAUUAUUAUGGCUGAUUCGCAAACACAGUGUCCUCCACCAGAACGAAUAACAACAACGGAAACUCCUCUUCCUCCUCAAUGUUGGAAUUAUACGUUGAAUACGGAUGAAACUCGACAUGUCAACUCAUUAUCAACGCCAAAGUGUGAUCCUAACGAGUUUCCUUAUUCUCCCAAGUGGGUGAGAUUUUCAGGUGCAGCCGGAACCAUGAUGGCUACUAGUGUAGUUCCUCCAAAUCGUUGUGGUGCAUAUUACACUGGUUAUUACACAGGAUCGAUGCCGACACAGCCUGGCGAAACCGUUACAGGGCAGGUGUGCUACAAUUGGUCCACUAGCACGUGCUAUAUGUCUAAUAUGAUAUCGGUCACGAACUGUAAAGACUUUUUUGUUUAUGCCCUUAGUAAACCACCAAAUUGCUCUGGUCGAUAUUGUACCGUUUGA